GGAAAUUUUGCAGGGUGGCAGCCUUUACAGCGGGUGGCAAUCUUCCACACCAGUCGCCAAAAAAAAGUUACGCGCAGACGAAAUGUGUAAAUUUUUAGUGUAAAUAAUAAUAAUGCAAGCCAUGAAUAUGUAAUAUUAUAAUUAGUUACACAGUGAGGGCCUUACAUACACGCACAAAGCCGCUAAACGUCAACAAAACGCACUCAUUUUGUGUCUAAUCAGCUUUAAACCCCGCCGCACUCUUAACCUGUCGCGCCACCUCCAUCUCCAACCGCCCGCUACCGCAAAAACAAAACUUACGCUUUUGGGAUUUACGGCUCAGCCCGAGAAGCAUCGGCAUCGGUGUCACAGAUAAAAUCAGGACAUGCAAAGAGCAUUUCAAAUUGCGGUGUGGCCUACGGUACCUCUAUAAGAUGUCGCUGGCCGUCUCUCUGCGUCGUGCUUUGCUGGCGCUGCUCUCUGGCGCCAUAUUUAUACUGACAGUGCUCUAUUGGAAUCAGGGAGUGAUCAAGACACAGGCAUACAGCGAGGCACAGACGCGUCCACACAAUCACAAGGAUCGCAAUCAUUUUUCCAUACCCGUGGAAAGGUCGUGGACAUACAAGUGCGAGAAUGACAGAUGUGUGAGGUCAAGCUAUCGCCGGAAUGAUGGCAAUACGAAGCGUGUGUCCUUCAUUAGCUGCUCCAUGACCUGCGGUGACAUCAACAUUUGGCCACAUCCCACAACCAAAUCACUGAUCAGCGCCCACACGUUGCGCUUCUCUGUGGAGGAUGUGCAGCUUCGUUUGGAUUCGCCGCAUCGCGAGGUGGCCAAGCAGCUGAAGGUGGCCUUUGAUUGGUUUGUCAAGGACUUGCGGCAAAUCCAGCGAUUGGACUAUGCCACACACACAGCUGAGGCUGCGGCGGCAUCCGCAUCUGUCAGCGAAGCUACGUCCAGGCUGAGACAGCACAGCAGCGACGCUGAACCGGCUGAAAUGCCGCCAGCUGCUUCACUCUUCAGCUCCACAUUUGGCUUGCAUCGUGCCGGCGAUUUGGACAGUCUUCAGGUGAAGCUGUCGGUGCACGAGUCCAGCGAACUUAACUUCAAUCUGGAUAAUAAUGAGAGCUAUCAUUUAAGCACAACCUAUGAACAUAGACGGCUUGUUGUGCACAUCAUAGCACACUCCUACUUUGGGGCACGUCAUGGCCUGUCCACGCUGCAGCAGCUCAUCUGGUAUGAUGAUGAGGAUCGACUGUUGCACACCUAUGCCAGCACAUUGAUCAAUGAUGUGCCCAAGUUUCGCUAUCGUGGACUCAUGUUAGAUACCUCUCGUCAUUUCUUUUCCGUGGAGGCAAUCAAACGGACCAUUGCAGCGAUGGGUUUGGCCAAGCUAAAUCGCUUCCAUUGGCACAUAACCGAUGCGCAAAGUUUUCCAUAUGUAUCACGACAUUAUCCCGAACUGGCUGAGCACGGUGCCUACUCGGAUAGCGAGACGUAUACGGAUCAGGAUGUCAAGGAAAUUGUCGAAUUUGCAAAGAUCUAUGGCGUGCAGGUGCUCCUAGAGCUGGAUGCACCGGCUCAUGCGGGCAAUGGCUGGGAUUGGGGACCGAAACGUGGCCUCGGCGAAUUGUCGCUGUGCAUCAAUCAACAGCCAUGGAGCUUUUACUGUGGCGAACCGCCUUGCGGUCAGCUGAAUCCCAAAAAUAACCACACCUACCUCAUAAUGCAGCGCCUGUACGAGGAGUUCCUGCAGCUAACGGGACCCACGGACAUUUUUCACUUGGGCGGCGAUGAAGUGAAUCUGGAUUGCUGGGCGCAGUACUUUAACGACACAGAUCUGCGUGGUCUGUGGUGUGAUUUUAUGCUACAAUCCAAUGCUAGACUGAAGCUGGCCAAUGGAAAUGUCGCGCCCAAGCAUGUGGUUGUCUGGUCCAGUGCGCUGACGAACACCAAGUGUCUGCCGAACAGUCAGUUCGUGGUACAAGUCUGGGGCGGCAGCACGUGGCAGGAGAACUAUGACCUCUUGGACAAUGGCUACAACGUUAUUUUCUCGCAUGUCGAUGCUUGGUAUUUGGAUUGUGGCUUUGGCAGUUGGCGGGCAACAGGUGAAGCUGCCUGUUCACCCUAUCGCACCUGGCAGAAUGUCUAUAAGCAUCGUCCCUGGGAACGCAUGCGUCUGGACAAGAAGCGUCGCAAACAGGUUCUGGGUGGCGAGGCGUGCAUGUGGACGGAGCAGGUGGAUGAGAAUCAAUUGGACAAUCGAUUAUGGCCGAGAGCAGCGGCAUUGGCGGAACGCCUCUGGUCCGAUCCGAAUGAUGAUCACGAUUUUGAUGUUGUGCAUCCAGAAGUAUUUCGACGAAUUUCAUUGUUUCGCAAUCGCCUCGUCGAGCUGGGUAUCAAAGCUGAAGCUCUAUUUCCCAAGUACUGCGCACAGAAUCCCGGCGAGUGCAUUUGAUAUUAUUUUUAAGUAAGAAUGGAGAAGGAGGAGCUAAAAGCCAGCCAGAUACCGCCUGCCCCUCCCCCCCACACUCUGUGCGUUAAUUAGUUAAUAGUGUAAUUGUUAUUUUUUUUUGUAAUAAUUAUUAUGUAUUAACAAUACUUAUUAAGCGUUAAGCGUCCACUAAAUCAA